AAUGCUCUGACCCGAAUCCCCCCGCCCUCCUCUAGCCGCCCCUGCCCGAGAUAUGCAUUCCCACCGCCAUUGAUCGGCCCCCAAACCUGCUUGACCGGUUGCUCUGGGCAAGCCGGGCCCGAGGUGAAUGGCUGCUCGUGGACGCCACCCCUGAUGCAUUCAUUACGGAGUAGUCGGAGUUGUCAAGUGAGACAUCGUCCCAAGGGCUUUUGUGACUGGUUACCUCGCACUAGCCGUCCUACAACCCCCAUGAUUCUCUGAGAGGCUCACAGCCUUUCACAGCCGGCUUGGGCGCACAGCUUGCAACGAUGGAUCCAACUCAUCUGGGACCGGAUACGGCUGAGAUUCCUCACCAUCAGCACCAUCAUCAUCAUAUAGAGUCGACCCAAGAGCCGGCGUUUGAGGAGGAGUACUCGACACCAGUUCCGUCGCGUCCGGCAACUCCGUCCAUCAUGGGAGACGCCAACGCCGGGUAUGAGCCGCGACGGAGGCCGCGAAAGCUGAUUCUGUGCUUUGACGGGACGGGGAACAAGUUCCGAGGAGACGACAGUGACAGCAAUAUCCUGAAGAUCUAUCGCAUGCUCGACAGAACCACUGAUGACCAAUAUCACUACUACCAGCCUGGGAUCGGGACAUAUGUCGUCUCCAAGAGCCUCUCGCACACGGGCAUCCGUGCCCGGAUCAAGUCGUGGUACAAGAAAGCCAAGGACUCAGCCGUCGGCUCGUCGUUCGACGAGCACGUAGUCGGAGGCUACCGGUUCCUGAUGCGCUUCUACUCCCCCGGCGACGAGAUCUACAUCUUCGGCUUCUCGCGCGGCUCGUACAUCGCGCGCUUCCUGGCCGAGAUGCUCGACCAUGUCGGCCUCCUCUCGCACGGCAACGAGGAGAUGGUCUCGUUCGCCUGGAAGGCCUUCUCGCAGUGGCAGCGGCGCCGGAGCGUGUCGGACGGCGACCCGCGCGCCCGCCAGAAGCGCCGCGACAUGUACAACUUCCUCCGCGGCUUCCGCGAGACCUUCUCUCGGCCCGUGCGCCGCAUCCGCUUCCUGGGCUUGUUCGACACCGUCAACAGCGUCCCCCAGUUCGAGACCGCCUGGAUGGAGCGCAGCAAGUUCCCCUACACGGCCCGCAGCUCCGCCCGCGUCAUCCGCCACGCCGUCAGCAUCGACGAGCGCCGCGCAAAGUUCCGCCAGGACCUCAUGUACCAGAGCGCCGCCGCCGCCGCCGCCGCCAGGCGCCAAAAGGCCAAGGGCAAGAGGCGCGGCAAGCUCACGCAGCACAUGCACCACCACCACGACGACCAACAGCGACAACAACAACACAACGGCCACGACAACCACGACGGCGGCUCCAGCAGCACCACCACCGCCAAGCCGUCCGGCAAGCACCACGACCACCCGCCCCGCGGCCGCGCCACGCUCGCCGUCCCGGGCGGCGACUCCGACUCGGACGACUGCGACCACCCAGCGCGCUACACAGCGACGCGGUCGCGGUCGCGCCAAACCCGCUCCCGCUCGCGCCGCGGCCCCAGCAGCGACGGCGGGCGAUCGCAGAUCUCGCAGCCCGCCGCACCACCCUCCGACGCCUCCUCCGACUGUAACUCGGACGCCGAGUCGGCCCAGGACAUGGACGAGGUGUGGUUCGCGGGCGGGCACGGCGACGUGGGCGGCGGGUGGGAGAUACCGCCCGACGGCAAGAGCGCCAGCCACGUGCCUCUGGCGUGGAUGGUGCGCGAGGCCGUGCGCGCGGGCCUGUCGUUCGACAUGGACAAGGUGCGGGCCAUGGGGUGCGCCGACUGCGCCGACGAGCUGGUGCGCGAGGACGUCGAGGCCGGGGUCGGCGAGGCGGAGAAACAGAAGCAUGCUGCGGCGGCUGCGGCGGCGAUCAUCCCGGACAUCAAGGUCCGCAGCCCCGGCGGGGGCGGCGCGUCGCCGACCGAGGAGGAGGCGGCUCAACCACCAGCAGUAGACGACCCGACGCCGCCCUCGGCCUUCCACGGGCUGAUGCACCAGGCGCACACGGCGCGGAUCCACGACUCGCUGUGCUUCGACGGCGGGCUGGGGGCCGUCGCGGUGCUGAGCUGGAAGGUGAUGGAGUACCUGCCGUUCCGGCGCAUGGACCUGCAGGGCGACGGGUCGUGGCGGCCGAUCCGGUGGCCGCUGCCGUGCGGCGAGGUGCGCGACAUACCGCGCGACGCGCGCGUCCACGGCAGCGUCGUCAGGCGCAUGCGCGCCGACGACAAGUACCGGCCGGGGAACCUCAUCAUAGGCGGCGGCGGGAGGGGGUGCAGGGUCGCGCCGCCGGAGCACGGGAUGGGGGAGUGGGUUUGUGUUGCUGAGGAGGGGGAUCCCAUUGGGGAGGUGUGGAUGAGGAAGAGCGCGGUUGACUUGACGAGUAUUAAGGAGUAAGGGGGAAGGGAGGGGGGAGGGAGUGGAUGGCAAGGCAACGUAUGCUGGGUGGCCAAAUAAAAUGCUGGCUGUCUGUUUGUUUGUCCGUCUGUCUGUUUAUCGGCUCUAUGGUUAGUUGUUCAUCAUUUGAUAGCACACCUGAUAUUCCACCUCUCUCCUCGCCAAUUCACCCACCAGCUCCCAACCCAUUGUACUGUACCAUUAUCAGACCCAAUCUAUGAACGCUUAGCACAUCGAGUACCACACAGAUCGAUUGGUUGAAUGAUUG